AUGGUGUCAAUUUCAAUAGUCUUGGAAGCUGAGACGGAAGUACUUGAGUACUUAGGAAGCUCAGCAAUUCUGGAGAAAGUAUCCAGAAGAAUUCCUUGUCAAAAAACUGCGCACGUCCAUCUUCACGUUUUGGUUAUGGACGACGGCGGAGCUGUGGACGGCAAAGAUGGCAUGGUCGUUUGCCGGUCGUACGCGGAGAAAUUCCCCGAUCCAAGCAAUCAUCCAGUUACGGUAGUCCUGUUCGCUAUUCUCUACUCGUUUGUGUUUGUGAUUAGUUUGGCUGGGAAUUUGGGUGUCAUCUAUGCGACAGUACGACAUAGAAGUUUACAAACGGUACAAAAUAUCUUCAUAGUGAAUUUAGCGGUCAGCGACGUAAUCCUCUGUAUGCUGUCCAUACCACUUACUCCAGUUACGCACAUUGCCAAACAAUGGUAUUUCGGCUCAAUGCUUUGUCGUGUUGUGGGCGGAAUCCAAGCGAUCGGUCUCUUUAUCGGCACCUUCUCACUGUGUGCGAUUGCUAUAGAUCGAUAUUUUCGUCUAGUAAUUGCUCCAGGAAGUCCACUCCGAAAAGUGAACGCAAUCCGGAUUACAAUUCUUCUUUGGAUCAUUUCAAUAUUGGCCACGUUACCAUAUGUGUACCAUAUGAAAAUGAAGAAGUACCCAGCAAUUAACGUAUGUGGGGAAUUUUGUACAGAGAAAUGGCCGAAUGUGCAUUCAAAACGGAUCUACACAUUAUUUGUGCUCGCUAUCCAAUUUGUGAUUCCAUUCACAAUAAUGACCAUCUGCUAUCAAGCGGUAUUCUCAUUUCUGCGACGGCGAGCAAAGUCUAGACUGACCUCCAUAGCGCAACAAGCGAAUCUCUUAUAUGUUGUGGCUGCUACGGCAGGUGGAGACACGCAACAACACAAAGAGCAGCUUACUCAUCUGAUCGAGCAGAAAAAACGGGUGAUGCAACAACGACGGCGAGUAACUCUAAUCCUGGUGUCCAUGGUUGUGAUCUUCGGAAUCACAUCACUUCCCCACAACAUCGUCAGUACUCUAAUGGAGUUCACCGACAGUCAAGAUCUCCUCGCCUAUAACGGCAACGAUUACACAUACCUCCUGAACCUUAUCACACAUUUUUUGGCAAUGUUAUCCUGCGUCGCUAAUCCACUGCUCUACGCUUUCUUGAAUCCGGAAUUUCGUGAACUCAUCCUAAAUGGUCUCGCCGGCAUCAAAUGGGCACCGCGAUUCGUCAGUCGGACAUGGCAGCCCACACAAACUACGUGCUGUGCCACGAAGCCUCCUCAAUCGGUUCUGAUAGCGAUCUGA